AUGCCGCUCGUGGGGCUGCUGGGCCUUCUGCGUGUGGGAUCUGACAUGUUUAUUGUGGCUGUAUCGGCGUCUGACCGCGUCGGCGAGUUGCGCGGUGCGCACGUUGUGCAUCGUGUGCGCAAUGUGUCGUUCUUCUGCGUGAGCCGAAGGCUCCCGAACGACAUGGCGCUGGCCCAGGGCGCGACGGAGCCGGGUGACAGUGGGCGCCUCGGACCGCCGGGUGCACCGGACGACCCCUGCGUGGCCAUUCGGAAGUACCUGUCCGGCGGCUCGUUCUACUUCACGACAAGUGGGUACGACUUGACGCGGCGUCUGCAGUGCUCGAAUGACGAGCACGCCUUCCAGGAGCAGUUUGUGUGGAAUGAGCACAUGAGAAAGCCGCUCGAGAUGUUCCGUGACCGCCUGGAUCUUCCGCGGCAGCGCCGCUUCGAUGCCGAGGACCUGUGUCUCUCGGUGAUCCAGGGCUAUGUGGGAAUUCGGCGCAUCCCCGGCCCCGUGCCGUGCCAGCUCGUGGUGCUCAGCCGGCUGAGUACGCAGCGUGCGGGCACGCGGUACAACAUGCGAGGGAUCGACGACGACGGCCAUGCGGCCCACUUUGUCGAGACGGAGACGAUGCUCCAAGUGGAUGACCUUACCUACUCGUACGUGCAGCUGCGUGGCUCUGUGCCUGUGUUUUGGGAGCAGCAGGGGCUCCAAGCGCUCAGUGCCAAGAUUCAGAUCACCCGCACCGGUGCUGCGUCGAUGCCUGCCUUCCGCAAGCACAUGGAGGACCUGCUCGAUGAGUACCACCGCGUGUGUGCGGUGGACCUGCUGGGCAUGCGCGACGCGGAGAGGGCGCUCAGCGAUGCAUAUCGGACGCACCUGCGCGAGCUGAAUGCGGCGGAUGUGACGUACACACACUACGACUUUCAUGCGCUCACCAAGUCAAUCAGCAGCCUCGAGAUCGUUGCGCAGGAGCUGGACCGCCGGCGCGACAUGCAAGCGCAGCGUCAGAGCCAAAAGUAUGCGCUGCACCGCGGUCAGGCGGAGCUGCAGCGACAGAGCGGUGUGUUUCGCAUCAACUGCUUCGACUGCCUCGACCGCACCAACCUGGUCCAGGGUCUGUUCUCGCACGCCCUGCUGCAUGACUGGCGGCAGUCGCUGCGUGACGACGCGCUUGACGAGCCGCUCCAGGUCACAUGGGCGCACGACGCGGCGAUUUCCAGCGCGCUAAGUGCCGCUCACCGCGAGCUGUGGGCGGAGAAUGGCGACGCACUCUCGGUGAUCAACACGGGCACUGGCUCGCUCAACGCGCACUUUGCGCGCUCAGGCGCCAAGAAGGGGUGGACGGGCCUCAUUAGCGACGCAGCAAAGAGUGCGAGUCGCAUGUAUGUGAACCACUUCCAGGACGCGUCGAAGCAGGAGGCCAUUGAUCUCCUGCUAGGCCAGCGCAGCGGGCAGCGGAGCAUUGAGCUGUGCGAUCCACUGUACUCGGGUGUCUCGGCGGCGCUAGAGCAGCGCUGGGCCGACUAUGCGACUGUACACCAGGAGCGCAUGCUGUUUGGCACAUUCAACGUGUGUGCCGUCACGCCGCGCCAGGCCGAUCUGUCCGACUGGCUGUGUCCCCACGCGCCGAGCGCCGCGGCGCCGGCACUCGUGGCCGUGUGUCUGCAGGAGAUUGUGCCGCUGACCGCGCAGCAAAUGCUGCUGGCAUCGAGCGAGGAGUUUGCGGCCUGGGACGCUGCGAUCUUGCGGACACUGGGUAUGUAUGGCGAGACGUACGUGCCGCUGCGCCAAGUGCAGCUCUUUGGCUCGGCGCUGCUGAUGUACGCCAAGCCGUCGCUCCUGCCGCAUAUCCGGCGCGUGGAGGGCGCGACCAAAAAGACGGGCUUCCGCGGCAUGAGCGGAAACAAGGGCGGCGUCAGUGUCCGCUUCGACCUAUUUGAUACGAGCGUGUGCGUGGUCGGCGCGCAUUUCGCGGCUGGCGCGGGCAACACGGAGGAACGUAACAGCGACUAUGCGAGUCUCGUGCGUGGCCUGACCUUCUCGCGCGGUCGCACCGUGGACGAGCACGACCACAUUGUAUGGAUGGGCGACUUGAACUACCGCCUCGUGCACCCCAGCAACGAGGAGGUGCGUGAAUUGUGCGCUGCACAGAAGUACAGUGUGCUGGCUUCAGAGGACCAGCUGACGCUGGAACGGCGCACGGGCGCCGUGUUUCACGGCUACGAAGAGGCACCGCUUACAUUCCCGCCCACCUACAAGUACGACGUCGGUACGGACCUGUACGACACGUCCGAAAAGAUGCGGCCACCCGCGUGGACGGACCGUGUUCUGUUCCGCUGCACAAACGCGCAUCUCGGCAUGGAUGCACACGCGUAUGGCAGUGCACAGAGCGUGCGCCUCAGCGACCACCGCCCAGUGUAUGCGCUACUGGAUGUGGACCUCUGCACGGUGGAUCAAGCGGCGAAGGAGGCCGCAUACGAGGAGCUGGUACGUGCGCGCCUAGAGGCGUCGGGGCAGGGCACCCCAGCGCCGAGCGAGCCAUGGUGGCUCCGGGGCCCGCUCGACCCUGAGAUGGGCGAGGAUAUCGCCGGCGAUCCAUGGGCCGAUGCAGCUCCCGACGAGAGCGUGCGCCGCCGUGCGCCGCCGCCGCCGCCGCGCGGGGCGGCCGUGGACGACAGCGCUGCCCAGCCUGCCACACCAGCCCCGCCCGCCACGCCGAGAACGGCACCGCCAACGCCGCCGCGGCCGUCCAGAGCGUCGACGGAGUCUGCGUCGUCCGGCCUGGCUGCCUCGGCGCCGCCGCCGCCGCUGCCCCCGCGACCCAUUGGGCGGUCCGUGUCCCGCGUGCCUGAGCGGGCCCGAUCUGGCUUUAGAACCAUGAUCCGGAUAGGCUCAGCGUGGCGUGCGCCGCUGCGUGCGGCACCGCUCGUGCGCGCGCGGACGUUCUCCUCGACUAGUGUGCGUGCAUCCCUGUGGAAGAGUCGAUGGGUGCGGUACCCAGUGUAUGGCCUUGGCUCUCUUGCGUUUUCGGCCACGGCGGUGUUGGGCGGGCUGCUCAUCUACGACUCGAUGACGUACCACCGUGUGUUGGUGACCGACACGGACACGUCGCUGGAGCGUGCUUGUGAGUGGGGUGGUCCUGCAAACCGUCCGAUCCUGUCGCGAGCCAACGCGCCGCCGGCGGAUGGCCGCCCGCCGAAGGAGCGUCUUGUGAUUGUGGGAGGUGGCUGGGGCGCUGUGUCCCUGCUCAAGUCGCUGGACCCUGAUGUGUACGAGGUGACUCUGGUGAGCCCGACCAACUACUUCCUGUUCACGCCGCUGCUGCCGGCCGUGGCGGUCGGCACGGUGGGUGUGCGCUCGGUGACCGAGUCGCUGCGCCGCCUGCUCGCACGCACGCGUGGGCAGUUUGUGCAGGGCGCGGCCGUCAAUGUGCAUCCCCACGAGAGCCUGGACCGCCACACGCUCCAGGCGAUGGACGGCGCGCGGGGCCUGCUGGAGGUCGAGCUGAUUUCACCGCAGUGGGACGGCUCGGCGGACGGGGAGCGCAAGCCGAGCGAUACCUCGGUGAUGUACGUGCCGUACGACAAGCUGGUGAUUGCGGUGGGCAGUGUGACGAACAACCACGGCGCGACGGGUCUCGAGCACGCGUUCCGCCUCAAGACGGUGCGUGAUGCGCAACGCUUGCGCAAGCAGCUGCUGGAGAACUUUGAGAUGGCGUCGCUGCCGACGACGUCUGACGAGGAACGCAAGCGUCUGCUGUCCUUUGUGGUGUGUGGUGGUGGCCCGACGGGCGUUGAGCUCGCGGCUGAGAUCCACGACAUGAUCGAAGAGGACGUGUACAAGAACUACCCGUCCAUCGUGGAGCGCGAGGCGCAGGUGCAUGUGCUGCAGAACGAGACGCACAUUCUGAACACGUAUGCCGAGGCCAUCUCCAAGUUUGCCGAGCAGCGCUUCCGCUCCGAGGACGUGGACGUUGUGACGAAUGCGCAGGUGACGCAGAUCCACCCCGACGGCGUGUCGUUUGAGCAGUUCAACCCACUGACCGGCGAGAAGUUCAUGCGCACGAUACCCUCGGGGUGCACCGUGUGGUCGGUCGGUGUGACGAUGAACGACUUUACGCGCCGCCUCUCGACGACGCUGCCGAAUCAGGGGCACCGCCAUGCGCUCAAGGUCGACUCGCAGCUGCGGGUGCUCGGCACGGAGCCAGGCACCGUGUAUGCGGUGGGUGACGCGUCGACGCUCGACUCGGACCUGAAAGGCUACAUUUUCGGCCAUUUGGACCGGUUCGACAAGGACAAAGACGGCGAGCUGACGCUGGCCGAGUUCACGCAGCUGAUCAAGGUGCUGCGUCUCAAGUUCCCGAUCGCAAACGAGCAGCUGCAGGGCAUCAAGCCGCUGUUCGAGAAGUACGACUUCGACAAGAACGAGCGCCUGUGUGCUAACGAGCUCGCCGAGAUGAUUGCGGACGCAACGAAGAACAUGACCUCGUACCCCCCCACCGCGCAGAUUGCGUCCCAGGAGGGCAAGUACCUCGCGCACAAGCUGAACAGGUACGCGUCCCUGCGCGCCCGCGAUGCUCUGCCACGUGAUGCCGAGGACCUCGACGAGGCCAUCCACAAGCCGUUCGUGUUCCGCAGCCUAGGAAGCAUUGCCUAUCUUGGCAAUGCCGCAGCGUUUGAGCUGCCUAUCCCUGGUCCGUUUAAGACAUUAUUCGGGGGUUUGAUUGCCAUGUAUGCAUGGCGCAGUGUCUACCUCUCAGAAAUGGUGUCAUUGCGCACGCGCGUGCUCGUGCUCGGCGACUAUAUUAAGCGCAGUUUGUGGGGUCGCGACGUGUUAUGGCUCUAG